UAUCAACCUCCAGCUGGAAAACCAGCCAAACGGCAAUGUCCUUCUGCUGACUUCUACCUGCUCAACCUGGACUGAACUGAAGAAGACACUCGUUUGCACUCGACCACCAACCCAUCCCCUUUCGUUUCUUCCAGCAUACAGGCGCUAUUGUCCUGCCAGCUACCUCUCUACCCCCCCCCAUACACACCAUCAAUGCGCGACCGAAGACCAUCGCAGAUGAGAUCUUUCGCAGCAUUGAGCCUACUAUAUCUCUUCCUGGGUGUAUUUAGCGCAGUAGCAUCGGCCAACUACUGUGCUUCCGACAACACCGGUUCAGGUUAUGAUUCUAUCUACAGCACUUAUCAAUCAAGCGGUGCAUGUCAAAGCACUUGCUCUGGCUACGCUUUUGCUAUUGUUCAAGGAUACUACUGCUGGUGCUCGGACAUCGCACCGAACGGCGAUUCAACUAGUAGCAACUCCGACUGCUCAGACCCUUGUCCUGGCUACCCGAGUGAUUACUGUGGCAGUACUUCUAAUAAUUUAUAUUACUAUUACGCAAUCGGCAAAGCUUCUGGCACUGCUUCAGCUUCCACCGCAUCCGAAACUACGACGUCCUCCUCCUCAACAAAGGCGGCAGUUAGCAUCGUGUAUGUAACGCCAUCGCAAUCCUCUACCUCCACUGCUUCGUCGUCUAGCGCGACUUCGACGAGUGAGAGCUCUGCCCGUACGUCCUCCUCCGUGUCCUUUCGUGCAUCCUCCUUCUCCUCUUCCCGAUCAAUGCCAACAUCUUCGGUGUCAGUAUCUGUCACGCCUUCGUCCGAUUCGAGUUCAUCAGCAGCGACGGAAAGUUCAGCAUCGAUGACGGCAAGUUCUGCAGGAGUUACAAGUACGCCGUCCCUGAGCGCAGAACAUACGUCGAAAAGCAGCAGUUCCGGUGGAUUCUUCGCCAGUGCGGGUCGCGUCGCCGGAGUUUUUGUCGCUAUCGCAUUCAUCAUCGCGCUUAUCGUCGCAGGCCUCCUGUUUUACUUCCUCUUCUACCGGAAACGUCACGACUCGCAAGCCCUCCCGACUUCUUCUCCACCCAUCUCACCUACACCUUCGAACGUUCACUCGCCGCUCUAUGGUCGCUCUCGCUCUGGAUCUACAUUGGUCGGUAAAUGGGCAGGGGGAACCAUGGGCGAGAAGGAGGUCAUUGUGGACCAGCGUCUCGAUCCAAGAAGCAUGCUCAUGCGUUUCGAAAGUUCCUACUCGAGACGAAGUUUGAGAGAUGAUGAGGAUUACUCGAGACGCGUGCUACAGGUACGAAACCCAGAUAUGGGACGGCCGAGUAUGGCGAGCGAACGCGUACCCACACCAGGGACCGGCGGAAUAACCAGCAGUCCGAAUCGACCUGAUGCCGAGGCUGCCAGUCUGAGAAGUUUCGUCAGGGGAGAGCAGGAAAAGCUUUAUCCUAGUGGCAGAUGAGUGGACAGCUAGGGGACGAAGAUGAAUGGUAGGGAUCGGACGGGCGAAAGACCAAGCAUAUCAACGGCGCAAACACACGUUCACAAGUUCAGGGACGCUCUAUUUUUACGAGGAUUCG